AUGAGGACUUUACUUGAAGAGAACAAGCAAGAAAUCCCACAAUGGUUCACAAGUCUAGUACAAGAGACCACUAGUGCUCCUGGCCGCUUCGGCAGAGGUGGCAAGGGUAGAGGUGGAGGACGUAGUGGCGGUGGAUUCGCUAGUAGAGAUGUCCGUCAACCUACUGGUCGUGGAGACUUCCAACGAUAUGAGCACAGGAGUGCGGGCUUUCUCGGCAGGCCUGGUGUAGCGCCUCCGGCCCCAGUGGUAAACACUCGCGCUGCAGCGAUGCACCAGAAACCUGCUGUUAGACCGCAAGCGGCUCGAACCGUUACUCCUCCUGAAGACUCGUGGGCUGAUGCUUG